AUGAGCGAGGGGAUAGGUAAAGUAGAAUUUGUUUUUAGCGAAACUAAAGCGCAACAAUCAGGAGCUAAAGGUAAAGAAAGUAGUAAAGUAAUAGCUGGGAAUAAAGGGGCAAAUGUUCGUGACAGUCCUCUUGAGACUCAGGUACAAACCAAGCGCUUCAGAUCUGUGCUGUCAUUUGGACAAAAAGGUGAGUCUCUUGGAAUGCUUCACCUUCCCUGGGGGGUGGCAGUGAAUGAUCGUGAUAAAAUUGCUGUGACUGAGUGGGGUAACAACAGGGUUUCAGUGUUUAGUAGUGACGGUACCCACUUAAGAUCUUUUGGCAGGGGGGGUCAGAAUAAUGGUGAGUUCUAUUGUCCUACAGGGAUCGCUUUUGAUAGUCAUGGCAAUAUUGUAGUGGUAGACAAUAAUAACUCCAGGGUACAAGUCUUUGAUAGGAAUGGUAACUUUCUUAGUAAGUUUGGUAAAUAUGGAAGUCGUGAUAAUCGGUUUAAAUUCCCUGAAGGUUUAUCAGUAAACGACAACGCUGAUAUUAUUGUUUCUGAUCGGGGUAACAAAUUAAUCAAGAUAUUCUCUUCUAGUGGGAAGUAUUUACGUAAAUUUGGUGGAGCAGGUUCUUUGGUCGAUCCCUUUCACUGUAUCCAACACAGUCAAUAUUUUAUAGUCUCAGAUGUUGGUGACCAUUCCAUUAAAAUGUUUAAUCUUCAGGGAAGGUCUAUUUUUAAAUUUGGAAAACAGGGAAUCAAGGAUGGAGAGUUCAAUGAGCCCUUUUGCUUGUCGGUGACCAAAGAAGGAUUGUUAAUGGUCUGUGAAGCAGGAAAUCACAGAGUUCAGGUAUUUGAACUGAGUGGAAAGUUUGUCACAAAGUUUGGAAGUGAAGGUAGUGAGAGAGGAGAGUUUAAGUGUCCAGUGUCAACAGCAAAUCUUAGUGAUGGAAAGAUAGUUGUGUGUGAUAUGGACAACCACCGAAUGCAAGUUUUUGACAAGAUAUAA